CGGGGGGGCUGGCACGUGAGGCCGGCCGAGAGCGAGACGCGGUGGCUGCGCGAGGGAGCCCGCCUGCUUGCAGCGGUGAGGCGGCAGCGGCGUCCCGGGGCUUGCUGGGUGCGCUGCCCCAGCGGCGUUGUUACCCCCAGAGAUGAGCACUGAAGCAGAACAGCAGCUCCUCCAUGAUGCUAGAAAUGGAAACUGUGAAGAGGUUCGACAACUACUGGAAACCAUGGACAAAGAAGAAGUAGUUGUUGACAUCAACUGCAAAGGCAGAAGUAAAUCUAAUUUGGGUUGGACGCCUCUUCACCUUGCAUGCUAUUUUGGACAUGGCAGUGUGGUCAAGGAUUUACUGAAGGCUGGUGCAGAAGUAAACGUGUUAAACGAUAUGGGGGACACACCACUGCAUCGUGCAGCCUUCACUGGACGCAAGGAGGUGGUGAUGCUGCUCUUACAGUAUGAUGCUGAUACUUCUAUUGUUAACGGGGGUGGACAGACAGCAAGAGAUGUUACACAAGAUAAAGAGAUCAAUAAUAUGUUGGAAGCAGUGGAAAGGACACAAGAAAGGAAACUGGAAGAACUGCUUUUAGGAGCAGCAAGAGAAGGGGAGACUGCAAAAGUCUCAGCACUGUUGAACAGGCCAAAGCCUCCUGAUAUUAACUGUACUGAUCAGAUGGGAAAUACACCAUUACAUUGUGCAGCAUACCGUGCCCACAAGCACUGUGCCUUAAAACUUCUAAAAAAUGGUGCAGACUCUAAAAUCAGAAACAAAAAUGACCAGACACCGUUUGAUCUAGCCCAAGGUGCAGAAAUGAAACAGAUACUUGGAGGAAGCAUUGGCAAGGUGAUCAACAAACGCCUGAAACGAUAUGAAGGUCUCCUGUGGAAGAGUUUAAGGUUUUUUGGUUGGAAACUUUACUGGGUAGUACUAGAACAUGGAGUCCUUUCCUGGUAUUGCAAACAGGCUGAUGCAGUAAAUAAUGAUCAUCGCCAAGGAUGCAAGCACCUAACACAAGCUGUCUGCACGGUAAAAUCUACAGACAGCUGCCUUUUCUAUGUCAAAUGCUUCGAUGACAGUGUUCACAGUUUUAAAGUUCCUAAAAACUCUCCUCCUAUGGCUAGAGAGAACUGGCUGGUGGCAAUAGAAGACCACUCUGCAUACAGCACUCACUACUGUACCCAAGAACAGCUGAGUGAUGAGGAAGAUGAUGACACAGUAUCUGUUGCAGAAUUGCAAGAAACGCUGAAAAAGGCACAAACAUGUCAACAAAGGCUAGAUAAAGAGAUUUCCAACUUCCUCAUAAUGAUUAAAUCGUGCAACACCACUAAAGGAAUGCCUCCUUCAUUUCUUCAGAAAAUUGAAGUGGUCUCUGAAGUAUCAAAAGAAACUUGUGAGGCUCUGAGUAACUGCCUUAAGCUCUUCACAAAGCAGGAAGGGGUGAGGAAUUUGAAACUGGAGCAUGAACAGGAGAAAAACAAGAUCUUGUCAGAAGCACUAGAGACACUAGCCACUGAACACCAUGAAUUAGAGCAGUCUCUAGUUAAAGGAUCUCCGCCUCUGAGCAUCCUUAGUGAGGAACAGUUCUAUGACGCUGUUUCAGAUUCAGAAUCUGAAAAAUCAUUAAGUGGAUUUGAAACAGUAACAACGUACUCAGAGGACAGUGUGGAGUCCAACAAUACAAUAACCUCCAGCAUGUCUGAAGAAAAGGUCUGUGGUGGAGGUGGAAAGGUCUGUGGUGGUGGUGGAGAGUCUCUGUCUAAUGGCAUCAAAAAACACAGAACAAGCUUGCCAUCUCCAAUGUUUUCCAGGAAUGAUUUUAGUAUUUGGAGUAUCUUAAGAAAAUGUAUUGGAAUGGAGCUGUCCAAGAUCACUAUGCCAGUUAUUUUCAAUGAGCCGCUGAGCUUCCUACAGCGACUUACAGAAUAUAUGGAACAUACAUACCUCAUCCACCAGGCCAGUUCACUUUCUGGCACAGUUGAGAGGAUGCAGUGUGUAGCUGCAUUUGCUGUGUCUGCUGUUGCCUCACAGUGGGAACGUACAGGAAAACCGUUCAACCCACUUCUUGGAGAGACGUACGAAUUAGUCAGAGAUGAUCUUGGGUUUAGACUCCUUUCAGAACAAGUUAGUCAUCACCCACCAAUCAGUGCUUUCUAUGCUGAAGGCUUGAAUAACGAUUUUGUGUUUCAUGGCUCAAUCUAUCCUAAACUCAAGUUCUGGGGCAAGAGUGUGGAAGCAGAACCUAAAGGGACUAUAACUCUGGAACUUCUUGAACACGAUGAAGCCUACACCUGGACAAAUCCUACUUGCUGUGUGCAUAAUAUUAUUGUGGGUAAACUUUGGAUUGAGCAGUAUGGAAAUGUAGAAAUAACUAAUCACAAAACUGGUGAGAAGUGUGUAUUAAACUUCAAACCAUGUGGGCUUUUUGGGAAGGAGUUACACAAAGUUGAAGGCUACAUUCAAGACAAAAGCAAAAAGAAAGUUUGUGCGCUCUAUGGGAAAUGGACUGAGUGCUUGUACAGUGUUGACCCAGCUACAUUCGAAGCUUACAAAAAAAAUGACAAGAAAAAUACAGAAGAGAAGAAAAACAGUAAACAGGUGGGCAAUUCUGAAGAACCAGAUGAGAUGCCUUUGCCAGAUUCUGAAAGUGUGCAUGUUGUUCCUGGAAGUAUUUUACUCUGGAGGAUAGCUCCAAGACCUCCAAAUUCAGUUCAGAUGUACAAUUUCACUAGCUUUGCUAUGGCUUUGAAUGAAUUGGAUAAAGAAAUGGAGAGUGUUGUUCCUAAAACUGACUGCCGGUUACGGCCAGAUAUCCGAGCGAUGGAAAACGGUGAAAUAGAUCUAGCGAGUGAAGAGAAAAAAAGGCUAGAAGAGAAACAAAGGGCUGUCCGCAAAAACCGGUCCAAGUCAGAGGAAGACUGGAAAACAAGAGUCCUUCCUGCUCAGCUUAACUGGUACUUGGCACAGAAUAAGAAUGAUUUAAAGACUUGGACAGGUUGUUGUACAAGGUAUAGUAGAUCUAUGUCACCACAUUUUUAAAUCUAGAUAGAACAUGCUACAGUUUGCAACCUCAUUUGAUUAUGUAACAGACCAUAAUAGAAUGUACUGUGUGUAUAUAUAAAUAUAAAACGCUGUCAGCCUUUCUGGUUUUUAAAAGGCAAAAUUUAUAUUCCUAAACAACCGCAAUAUGCUCAACUUCCAUUUUAUUCAAUCUUUCUGAAACCUUAAGGUGAUGCUGAAUAGUUCCUUAUGCUUGAGACAAUGUUAAUUGCAGUGGCGUUUACAAAGCAAGGAUUGUUCUGGGGUGAAUUAAGCUCCAAAAGGAGGCUAAAGUGUAAGCCAUAAAGCCAUGUACAGCAGGGGCACUCAGAUGCCACAAUCAUUGUUUGUUUGGCUAAUACACAGGCAGAUUUUUUAAAAAAUCUAGUUCACCCCUCUGAAGGCUGGUCCUGUGUAAUAUGAUGUUGGUGUGAGGCAGAGAUGACUAACGGGGCACAGAUUUAAAGACUGGGGAGAAGGUUGACAUAUUGCAUGUUAUGUUAAUAGGGGUGUUUGUAUUGGAGGGAAUACCUGUGAGACUUAUCUGGGCUGUGGUAAGAUGUGCUUCCUGAUGUAUAAUGUACAAACGAACACAUACCAUUGGGUAUCUUAUGAUGUCGUACUGCUCGGGGGAGGGGAGGAGAGUUGCUGACACUCAGGCCAUAAAAGGGGACUCCAUGCUACAUCAGAAGUGUACUUGUCAAUAGUAUGGCUCCUUCAUACAUCUUACCUUACAAAUGUGUAACUAUCACUGUUUGUGAAUAUACUGGAGAGCUUGAAAACAUUCUCAGACUUGAACAAUAAGUGAAACCCUAGUAUUUCUAGCAACAGGCAAGCAGAAUCUACCAGGAAGGAUGAAAAUAACUUGCUGCAGAUGAGACCGAUCUCAUGCCCUAGAAUGGCUCUACGGUGUAUGUCUCACAUAAACACCAGUAUUUUAUAACUAUGCAGAAAACUUGCUGGAACUGUUCUGUAUGAUUUGUUCCAUCAAAAGAGCUGUAUUGCUCUUGGGAAGCAAAUCACCACUCCCCAUUAUCGUGAGCUGUGGUAUUUGACACUUACCAAAAUAAUGGUUUCAAAAUCUUGGGGAAAUCAAGAUGCUAGUGAAAUAACAGACUUCUGCUUUUAGGAAUGCAGUGUUUGCAGUGUAUUUGUGUCCUUGUGUAAUAAAUGGUUCUUAAAUGCAUGCCAAAAAUGGCUUCUUCAAAACUGCUUUGAAGUAAAUAGUUUCUUGUACAACAGUCUCUACCACCUACUCAUCACAACAUAUCCACAUUGAUUUCAGCCAGAAACCAUUCUGGGAUUGUAAGGGAGAAGUCUAGCAAAUCAAGACAGUCUGAACUGACUUAAAACAGUGUGGGGAUGCAGCACUGAAUUCUCAGUAUACUAGUUUGAAAACCACCAUGAAAGAUGCAACAAAGCAGCUUUGAACUUUGUUACAAUGAAAUGUGUUCAGUCACAGACACG